UAUACCUCCCUGUCCAACUCCUCCUUCCUCUUACUGCCUGAGUUUUUUCAGAGCCAUCUCAUUCUAUCAUACAAAAAAAGCGAGUCAAUUACAUUCCUUCGCUAAUGGAAAAAUUCCAAGCCAUGUAUAAAUGUGUCAUUCUUCUUGCACUGGUUGCUUUCCAUGAAGCUCUGGUAAUUCAAGGAAGGCAAAUAAAGUCAACAAAACAAAAGCAGUACAGAAGUCCUAGAGAUGAUCUGCAUGCAGGCUCUAGCGGGGAAACUAGAAAACGAGGCAGCGAAUCGGCCGCCAUGAUCAGCUCCUUUGACAGCGCCGCACCGCAUGAUCAAUAUGAUCCAAAAACAACAUACGCAAGUCACAUUCCUAGUACUGUCGAUCAAUCUGUGACAAGAAAGAAAGAAGCUCCUGUCCCGCCCAAGAAACCAAAUUACAGCUUUAGCUUCCGCGACUCAGAAGUGGCGCAUAAUAAAGAUGAUUUCCGGCCGACAACACCUGGCAAUAGCCCUGGGGUUGGCCAUUCAUUCCAAAACCAGGAAGCGGAUGUUGAAUCAAAGGCACUAGCUAAGGGCAAGGAUGUUAGGCAUUCUCUUGCAGGAUUCAAAGAUAAUUACCAGCCCACAGCACCCGGACACAGCCCUGGCGUUGGUCAUGUUUUUCAAAGUAAAAACGAAAAACCAAAUUAAUCGUGACUAGGCUUGUGCAGAAACGAGGUCUAGGAUAUUGAAUAUUUGGCCACUCUUGUUGUUCCGAAUAUUAUAAAUUAAGAGCAUUAGUAUAAUAAUGCAUGCUCAAUAUAACGUACGCUAGCUAUCAUGUAUAUAUAUUUGUAAUCUUAAGCUUUCUCCUGUAAA